AUGUCCGUCCCUGCCCUUGUGGACACCAAAGGCGUCACCGUUGCCGACAACCUCUCCCUCCGCUCCCAAACCACCGACGAGGAAAAGCUGUUCGAAGGCCAGGAGAUUGCCAUUAGCAGCUCGGCCAAUUCAUCCGAGGAAGUUCUUGCCAAGUUCAAUGAACCCCCAGACAGCUACGAGUCCAAGCACCGCUGGGACCCAAAGGCCACUUGGACUCCCCAGGAGGAGACCAAGCUCCGUCGCAAGCUUGACUUGCGUGUCGCUUUCGUGGCGUGCGUGUGCUUUGCAGCCCUUCAGCUGGAUCGCGGAAACAUUGGAAACGCACUCUCGGACAACAUGCUGGUUGACCUCCACAUGACAACCGCCAAUUACAACUUGGGUCAGACAAUCUUCUACCUCUGUUUCCUCGCCGCCGAGCUUCCAUCGCAAAUGAUCUCCAAGAAGCUUGGCUCGGAUGUCUGGAUUCCUAUCCAGAUGAUGUCGUGGUCGGCUGUUGCUAUCGGCCAGGUUGGUCUCACCGGCAAGAACUCUUUCUACGUCACUCGUGCCCUUCUGGGUCUCAUUGAGGGUGGCUUUGUCGCCGACACUGUCCUCUACCUCUCGUACUACUACACCGCCAACGAGCUCACCAUCCGUCUGUCGUUCUUCUGGGUCACCAUGACCACCACCCAAAUCGUUGGAUCGUUCCUCGCCGCCGGUAUCCUUGAACUCCGUCACAAGACCCACCUUGCGGGUUGGCGCUGGCUGUUUGCUAUUGAAGGCACCAUUACUUUCCUCAUUGGAGUCUUUGCCUUCUUCUACCUGCCUCCCGGCCCUACCCAGACCCACCAGUCCCUCUGGGGCCGUAUCACCGGAAAGGGUUGGCUUACCGAGCGUGAGGAGAUCAUCGUCGUCAACAAGGUCCUCCGCGACGACCACACCAAGUCGCAGAUGCACAAUCGCCAGGGUCUCGACUUGGGCGACUUUUGGCGUUCGCUCACCGAUUUUGACCUGUGGCCUCUCUACCUCCUCGGUCUCAUCACCUACAUUGCGCCUUCUACUGUCAACGCAUACUUUACCCUUAACAUGAAGGGUUUCGGCUUCACGACCUUCCAGACCAACAUGCUCACCAUCCCGAGCCAGGUCAUCUUCAUCGUUUUCAACCUCAGCCUGUCGUUCCUCUCCAAGAAGCUCAAGGAGCGUACCCUUGUUGCGUCUCUUACGCCUUGGUACCUCCUUAUCCUCUUCAUUGCCCUGGUGUCCAUCCCCGACAACACUAGCCGCUGGGGCAAGUGGGCCCUGUUGUCGCUCAUUGUCGGCUACCCCUACCCCCACCCCAUCUUGGUCUCGAUGAACUCGAUGAACUCCGGAUCAGUGCGCACCCGCACCGUCGCCUCCUCGCUGUACAACAUGUUCGUCCAGGCUUCCUCGCUCGUGGCCUCGAACGUGUACCAGCCCUCGGACGCGCCUUACUACCACAAGGGCAACCGCGUUCUUCUCGGUAUCAUUGCUGCCAACAUUGUCCUCUUCUGGUUCGCCAAGGCCUGGUACAUCCUCCGCAACAAGCAGCGUGACAAGGUGUGGGACUCUAUGACUACUGCGGAGAAGGAGCACUACCUUUCCACCACCAAGGACCUCGGAAACAAGAGGCUCGACUUCCGCUUCCUCCACUAG